GGUCAGAACAAACUGAUGGACGAGCUCAGGCCGAACCUCGGAUUGCUCGGUGUGGGUCUCGUGGAGAACGAGAGCUUUCACUUGAACCACAAUCAGGAGAAGAGGAAAUGUAGCAGCACCAGCUCCAACGAGCAAGAUUUCAGUCUCUACGGGGUUCACCAGGGCCUCGAGGCCAGCCCGCCGACACCAGCCGCGACGCCCGGAAGGAGCAGCGUUGGGGCUACUUCUACCGUUGGCGCGGAAGGCGCUUUUAAAAAGUUAAAACCCGACCCUUGUGCUUCAAGUCCUCACAUUGGCCAUACACCAACCACCGCCAGCUGUCCUACGCCAGCUCGACGACGGCACAGGACUACUUUUACGCAGGAGCAGCUGGCAGAAUUGGAAUCGGCAUUCGCAAAAUCUCAUUAUCCAGACAUAUACUGCAGGGAGGAAUUGGCGAGGUCCACCAAAUUGAACGAGGCUAGAAUUCAGGUCUGGUUUCAAAAUAGAAGAGCAAAAUAUCGGAAGCAAGAGAAACAACUUCAAAAGGCUUUGACUCCAAUUCCUGCUUGUCAAGGCGCUAUGAUGAGGAAUAUUUAUCCUGGUGCUAGCAGAGGUUAUCAACCGUAUCCUCAUCCUCAUAAUAGCAUAAAUGGGAUAAACCGCUACCCCCAGAUGGGUACGACGUCCUAUCCAAGUAUGACCCAGCCAUUUUCUAUGUCACAUUCAGCGUCAAAUAUGUCUGCUGUUACUGGUAUGAGACAAGAUGCAAUGGGAAUGUCAGCCGAAGACGAGUGGUACAACAAGAGUAUUUCCGCUCUAAGAAUGAAUACGGCCCACCAUCCUAACCUCGCUGCACCAAUGCUGCAAUAUCAGACAUAA